AUGGCCGGCCGUUUUACCAGGAUAGCUGCCGCUGGAUUGCGCAGUCCAGUCAGAGCUGGUCCUGUGCCUUCCAAGUGCCUGCAGAGAAGAGCUUUCGGAUCAUCUGGGCCUGGCUAUAACAAAGGGCCUGUCUCCGGCAGGAUUGAUGAAGGACUCAAGCUCGCAAUCGGGUUUACUGCUUUAGGUCUCGUCGGAGCUAUCACAUACGAUGUCACCGACGAGGUUCUUCAUCGUCACCGUCAACGUCAGCUGGACAACCAUACUCCCGGAUUUCUGAUUGCAUUGGAGAACAAACUACUGGGUCGGCCUGUUGAGCAUGUAGAGGAGGACCCCGAUCAUACGGAAGCCCUGAUCGACAAUGCCGGAGGCACGUUGAGUGAUGCCCAGGAAGAGCUGGCAUUCCACGAGACUGACUUGGGCGCUCAGCUGCACACCGAUGGCACUCAGUUGGACAACGACGGCAAUCAGUUGGAAGCCCAGGAGACUGAACUAGAGAGCGACGCGACUCAGUUUGACGUCCAAGAGUGUAUCCGACAGAAUCAGACCCAGCUUGAGUCCAUCCUCCAGAAUGAAGAGAAGGACGGAGAAGCGCGAGCCGCCAUGGAAAGCCGCCUCGACGACUUGGCGUCCACAAUGGGAAAGUUGAAGGCGCGCAACGUGUCAACCCGGAAGGUGUCAGCGAAGAAGGUGUCUCGGUUUGAAGACAAUGUUCUAGAGUUGCAGGCUCGGCUGAAGAAGUUGGAGGCAGUGAAUGAGAGGGCUGCUCCCAAGGCUGGCCCAGAGCAGCCAACGCUGCGGGUUAGCUGGUACACCGUUAUCGCGUGUGCCGUCGUCUACGGCUUGGGAAGAAGCCUGUGA